UAACCAAUUCCCAAGACUGAACCUGUCAGCAUUGUCAUUGCGACGGAUAGUUCCGCUUUCACAAGUCGCUGUCUUGGAUCCGCGCUUUCUAGACCGCAUCCAACUAGACCCUGCAUACCGGUAUAAACAAAACCCCACCUGCACCAAAACCCCCCGACUUUCACCGCUACCCUUUGUAAUUUGCUUCUUUCCCUCUGUCUUGUAUACCAAAUUUCAAGAUGUCCGACAUCCAUCGUGCCAGCACUACUGCGCCCGUAAACAUUGCUGUUAUCAAAUACUGGGGAAAGCGCGACCCCAAGCUCAACCUCCCCACCAACUCCUCCCUCAGCGUCACCCUUGCGCAGUCCGAUCUCCGUACUCACACCACCGCCUCGUGCUCGUCUACCUACCCGAAAGAGGACACGCUUCUCCUCAACGGUCAAUCGCAAGAUGUCUCUGGUGCAAGGACACAAGCAUGCUUCAGGGAGCUUAGGGCGCUGAGGAAACAGCUCGAGGAGAAGGACUCAAGCCUAGCCAAAUUGGCCGACCUUCCCCUGCGCAUUGUUUCCGAGAACAACUUCCCCACCGCUGCUGGACUGGCUAGUUCGGCUGCCGGUUUCGCUGCUCUUGUCCGUGCAAUUGCAAACCUCUACGAGCUCCCCUCUUCGCCUACCGACCUUUCCCGCAUCGCAAGGCAGGGCUCAGGCUCAGCAUGCCGAUCGCUCUUUGGUGGAUACGUAGGCUGGGAACAAGGCUCUGCUUCAGAUGGCAGCGACAGUGUUGCUUUCCAGGUCGCGCCCGCAAGCCACUGGCCUAACAUGCGCGCUGUCAUCUUGGUUGUCAGUGCAGCCAAGAAGGGCGUGUCCAGCACCACUGGUAUGCAGACCACUGUCGCUACAUCCAGCCUCUUCCAGUCAAGAGCCACAGAGACUGUGCCUCGACGCAUGAAGGAGAUGCAGGAGGCUAUCCAGAACAAGGACUUUGAGGCGUUUGGCAAGGUUACCAUGAUGGACAGCAACUCUUUCCACGCCACAUGUCUGGACACCUUCCCUCCCAUCUUCUACCUCAACGACGUCUCCCGAGCGGCCGUUAAGGUUGUCGAGAGCAUCAACGCUGCGGCGGGUAAGAUCAUCGCUGCGUACACCUUCGAUGCAGGCCCAAAUGCAGUUGUAUACUACCUUGAGGAGAACGAGAAAGAAGUUGCAGGUCUGUUCAAGCAAAUCUUGAACGAGAAGGAUGGAUGGCAAGGCGAGAGGGGCCAGGCUAUCCAGGCCAACGCUGAUGCGCUCGAGAAGGUCAAGUUCGAUGCAGGCCCUGCUAUCGCAUUCUUGGAGGAGGGUGUCAGCAGAGUUAUCUUGACAGGUGUUGGUGAGGGUCCGGUCAAGACUGAGGAGAGUUUGAUUGAUGAGAAGGGUGAGCCUGUUAACAGCGCAUAGAGCGGCUGUGGCUAGCUAAAUCGCCAAUGUUGAGUAGAUACCCUUAUGUAGUGUACAAUGCUAUAAGCUGAAAAAGUACAAGGGAGUGGCCUUGGUCAAACAACAAUUAUGGACUUCGCCGAGUGUUGUUGAGGUUUGCUGAGCCCUCAAUGGGUAACUUCUCUGGUAAGAGGGUACGACUCUUCCUCCGUUCUGAGCUACUUAGUUUCUGCCCGCUCAAUGCCUCUGAGCCCCCGUUUAAGAGGAAUCGAUUUGGGUUGCGGCUUGGAUUGAUGACCGCAUUCCCUCUUUUCCUGGUCUGUUGCGUGUUCGUGGUAGCUGCAGAGAUCGAUAUCAUAAGAGCCG